AUUAUUAUGAAAAGACUGAUCGAUAUCUAUUACUUCAGGGAAGCACUGGUUGAGAUAGAGUUCCCUAAAGAAGACUUCUUCUCCAGAAGAGCUAAUCUGGAAGACAUUAAGGAAUUUAUGUGUAUUCUUAUAGAUUACCCCCAGAUUUAUGAACUGUUGUUAAGGCUUUAUGACAAGAGGGGGCUUAAGGAGAAGAGGAGGGGGAGGCAAGAGAGACAAGGCCUCAAUCCGAUAUUUUCUAAUAUAGAUUCCUUAUUUGAGAUCUUUGAAGCGGGGGAUAGACUUAGUCAUAGCGUGAUGAAGCAUGAAGCAAAGGAAGAGAAGGAGAAGAGUACGGAUUAUGAUGAAGGAGAUAUUGGUAAGCUGGGAGAAGCUUUUGGCAGGUUUGAAGCACAGCUACAGAACCUUGCUGGAGGUAUAGAGUCUAAUAAGGAUUACCUUGGUAAAGCUCUCACAGAAUUUUUCAAAGAGCUAUCUAUAGUAGUUGCCAAACUAGAGUUUGAAAGAACAAAGGAGGGGGGAUUUCCUCAGAAUGUUACAUGAAGACAGUCAAGAGAGUUAAUAAAGAAUUUGUCAGCACAAGUUUCGAUGAUCCUUAACCCUUGGUUCACAUUUGAGUAUGAUUUUUCGGGCUCUAAACGCUCUAAAUAUCUUAAAAAUCCCUACAUAAUCGAACUUGAUGAGACUACUGAAAACUUCUUGCACGAUCUCAAAUUAGAGCUCAAAAGACAAUGAAUCCUUCAGAAUGACAUUACUGACGAGAUCUCUAUACAAAACAUGGAAGAGGAUCCGAGUCUACUGAAAAUGGAUUACGAGCUAUGUCCAUCCAUGAUAAUAAUCUGGGUUAGGAAUGAUGCAAAUUUAGCAAAUUCUUCAGAAAUAUUUGAGUUUAACCUCAGUAGUUUGAGUGAUAAAAGCCUUGAGGAACCCAAACACGACUGCACAUAUGAGCUCACAACUAUCAUUACAUUCAGAAACACUGUGAAAAAUGAAGGCAUUUUCGAAGUAAUUACAAAGAAUAAAGACAAAUGGGGUGGAAUCAUGAAUGGAAAUGAUAUUGAUUUUGAUGAAGAAUAUUUUACCCAAACAGCAUGGAAUAUUGUUGAAAACCCAGUCCUGCUCAUUUACACUGAAAAGGUCACAAUUCCUGUUUUCAAAUACUUAAGCAAUAAACCUGUUUGGAAAUCAUCCAUGCAGUCAAAAGAAGAGAGAGAGAUGAUUGAUGAGGACAUUACGUAUGCAAAACAGUUGCAAAAACAGUUUGAUAACGAAGAAAAGGAAGAAGUUCAGACUAAAAUCACAGAUUUUUAUAACAAUUCACCAGGUAAAUCCUCUCCCAAUGAUGUCGAAAUGAAAGACGAUAAUGAUUGUGAAGAAGUAAAGUAUCUCUCCCCAGAUGAACAAGACGUCGAAAUAAAGCCAGAUGAGUGGCGAUGUACAAAUUGCACAUUCAUAAACCCAAAAAGCAAAUAUUACUGUGAAGUUUGUCAAACUAAAAAUACUAAGAGAGAUGCUAAUUCGAUUAAGACUCCCAUAUCGGCAACGAAAUAAAAUACUUGAAAGAGACAUAAGCCCUCUUAAAAAUGUUAAGCCUACAAGAGACAAAUCUCAAGAUUUCAAAGAUAACGACUCUCGAUUCCAGUGAAGAUUUUGUAAAAGUAUGAGUCAAGUUUCAUAUUGCCACAAAUGAUACAAAAGGAGAGAGGACUGUGAUAUUAAAAUGCCUCAUUGAGAAAUUUGUAAAAAGAAGUGAAACAAAGAUUCAACUAAAUGAAGAACUUGCAAAACAGAAGAAAAAUCAAAGAGCAAGAAGAGAGAUAGCAAAAAUAAUGAGAAAGUUAAGAACGGAGAAAUGGCAGAGAAAUUAGACUCUCUUAACAUUGAUGAUACCCAAAAAUUAGUUAAUAAGGAAGGAUAUACAUGGGUAUGCCAACACUGCAAAUUUAAAGGAAUAGUUCCAUUCAAAUAAAGAUGAAAUCACAUCUGAGCACCUAAAUCCAGCAGAGAAAGACUACUGCCAGACUUGUAGUAAGAGAAGAAAAGUUUGAAUGAUAAAAUGCGAAGAAUGCUCCAGCUUCAUGACAAACAAGAGUAAAUUCGACCAGCAUACUUGUAAAUAACUA